UCUUGCUGUAUUGUAGACUUUGAAAUUUGUUUUCAUUCUGAAGAUUGUAUUUACACAAUAACACAGUUUUAUCAUAUUAUCGAUCAGAAACAACAUUGCAAAUAUGCCUCUAACAGCAGAACAGGCUAUGCUACAAGUGCAGGACCGACUCCGUUCGCUAAAAUCUCUGAUAUGUGACAUUGAGGCGGAACGCCGAAGAAAUGAACCGAAUAUCGCCAAUACGAUUCGGCUGGCGAAAAUGUCUUCGGACGAUAAAUCGUCUUCGUUGAAUCAUAAGCUGAAGACUUUAUACAAAAUCAGUAUCCAGGACGCCAUUCAAGAGGAAAACAUGAUUCGCCAGGCUUUGGCAAAGAUCCAGGAUAUCCGAAACAUCCGCAAUGAACGGAGAAUUCAAGCAAGAAAUGCUGGCAAUAAGGAAACUAUUAGAAGAGGUGCCUUGAUGAAGAUGCUACAGAUUUCGGCCCAGACAUUACCACUAUUUGUGAGCAAGCCCGGGGAGAAAAUACCUCCGUUAUGUGGAAGUAUUCCCGCUGACAACAACUAUGUCGCCAAACCGGGUGAUAUGGUUGCUGCUCUGGUCAAAGGCCUGGAGGAUGAAGAGAACUGGAUUCUGGCGGAAGUAGUUCAGUACAUUUCAUCAGCUAAUAAGUAUGAAGUCGAUGAUAUAGACGAAGAGCAAAAGGAUCGACACAUUCUGAGCAAACGCCGUAUUGUACCUCUGCCAUUAAUGAGAGCGAACCCUGAAACCGACGGUCAAGCGCUGUUUCCCAAGGGAACUACCGUUAUGGCUUUGUAUCCCCAAACUACUUGCUUCUACAAAGCAGUAAUAAAUCAACUCCCACAAACGGCAAACGAGGAAUAUGAGGUUCUUUUCGAAGAUCCCACUUAUGCGGAUGGUUACUCUCCACCACUAUUCGUUGCUCAGCGAUAUGUCAUUGCCAUCAAGCAAAGCAAAAAAAUCAGUGGAAGCUCCUGACAGACCUCUCAGCAAUCGAACACUGCUACAGGCAUUAUCAGUGUAACUUCAAGCGCAACAGGAGGAUCGACAAGCGGUUUUGUAGCUGGAAAUUCUACGAAUGCUAUUGGCUGCAACAAUGGCAACUUACCAGCCACAAACGCAUUGAUACAGACGAAAGAGGAAAAUUUGAUGGAAUCAUUCCUGUUGGAUGAUUUGUGAAUUGAUAAAUAGAUUUUGCAAUGUGAGGUUUCACUUUUAUUGAAUCUUGUAUCACUUUGUAAAUUUGACAUGACUAAUCCUAAUAAAGGGCCCUAUUAUAGAAAUCGAAUCGAGGAUUCGAUACAAUCACUA